AUGGGAAGUGAAUCAUACGAAGAGGCAAUUGAAGCCCUCAAGAAGCUUCUCAUCGAGAAGGAAGAGCUAAAGACGGUUGCGGCGGCUAAGGUGGAGCAGAUCACGGCGGAGCUUCAGACAGGGACUUCGUCCGACAAGAAAGCUUUCGACCCCGUCGAAUCCAUUAAGCAGGGUUUCAUCACUUUCAAGAAGGAGAAAUACGAAACCAACCCUGCUUUGCACGCUGAGCUCGCCAAGGGUCAAAGUCCUAAGUUCAUGGUGUUUGCAUGUUCGGACUCACGUGUGUGUCCAUCGCACGUUCUCAACUUUCAGCCAGGAGAUGCCUUCGUGGUCCGUAACAUAGCCAACAUGGUUCCUCCUUUUGACAAGGUCAAAUACAGUGGAGUUGGAGCAGCCAUUGAAUACGCUGUGUUGCACCUUAAGGUGGAGAACAUUGUGGUGAUAGGACACAGUGCAUGUGGUGGGAUCAAGGGGCUUAUGUCUUUCGCCUUAGAUGGAAACAACUCCACUGAUUUCAUCGAGGACUGGGUCAAAAUCUGUUUACCAGCCAAAUCGAAGGUUAUAUCUGAACUUGGAGAUAAAUGCUUUGAAGACCAAUGUGGCCGAUGUGAAAGGGAGGCAGUGAAUGUUUCACUAGCAAACCUAUUGACAUAUCCAUUUGUGAGAGAAGGACUUGUGAAGGGAACACUUGCUUUGAAGGGAGGCUACUAUGACUUUGUCAAGGGUGCUUUUGAGCUUUGGGGACUUGAAUUUGGCCUCUCCGAAACUAGCUCUGUUAAAGAUGUGGCUACCAUACUACAUUGGAAGCUGUAG